AAAUUGUGUUAGUUUAUAUGUUCGUUUUAUGUUGGAAAACUUUACAACUUUUAAUUUGAAAAAGAUUAGAUAUUAAAAGAUAUUAGAUAUUAAAAUAUAUUUUAACUAAUUCUGUACAAUAGAUGUACCAUACAUUAUGACAAGAUUAAACAUAUAUUUGGACUCCAGCUAUAAUUGCUGAAAUUAGCUUUGUUAUCGCUGUAUUAGCAUAUUUGCAAACAAAAUUGAAGUGAAAUACAAAUAAAAACAUUUUAGAGGAGAAACAGAAAAAGAAAAAAACACUACAAUAACAAAGUUGCAUAAGUGAACACACCCUUUUAGAAUUGGGGAUGUGGCUGUGUUCAGAAUGAACCAGUGACAUUCAAACUCAUGUUCAAAAGUAAUUAUCAUACAGCUGUCAUCAAUGAAGUGUUUCUGAUUAACCCCAAAUAAACAGAUGUUUCUGUAGGAUUUUCUUGACAUCUGAAGCCAUGGACUGCAAAGAUCUUCCAAAGCAUGUGUGGGAUCUCAGUGUUGAAGGUAUUGAUCAGGAGAGGGGUACAAAAGAAUUUCUGAAACAUCAGAUGGACAAUUGAACACUGUGACAAGUGAAGAAAAUAGGGCAAAAAAAAAAUUAAUAAAUAAAUUUUAAAAAAUGUGUUAUGGUCUGAUAAGACCAAGGUAGACAUUUUUGGGCGUAAUGCUAAAAGAUAAGUACAGCAUAACCACAGUGAAGCAUGUUGGUGGCAGCAUCAUGCUACGAGGCUACUUCUCUUCAGCUGGGACUGGGGCUCUAGUCAACAUAGAGAGAAUCCAAAUAUCUCUCUAAGUAUCUCCAAUAGCUCCAAAUAUCAAUCUAUUUUGGUACAAAAUCUGCAAAAAUUUCACCUUCCAGCAUUAUAAUGACUCCAAGCACAAAUCCAAAUCAACAGAGGAAUGGCUUCAGAAGAAGAAGAUCAACGUUUUGGAUUGGUCCUGUCAGAGCCCAGAUCUAAAUCCUAUCAAAAACCUGUGGAAUGACUUGAAAAGGGCUGUGCACAGGAGAUCCCCUCACAAAAACAUCACAAUUUGGAAUAAUAUUGUGAGAUUAAGAUGUGUUAAGUUGGCACAAUCUUACCCAAAAAGACUGAGUACUGUAUUAAAAGCAGAAGGUGGUUUAAUAAUGCAUUAGUGGAAAGCUGGAAAAAGAUCUUGGUUUCAUUUUUUCCAUCACAAAAACCUGCAUGUUAACAAGCCCCUGCACUCUGAUGAUGAUGAUGAUGAUGAAGUAGUAGUAGUAGUAGUAGUAUGUAAGUGGUGUAGUAGAUUUAAUUGCAGCACUGCCUUUCCUUUAAGAUCAUUAUAAUCAUUUCUGAUAAUCAAACUAAUGUGUACAUUAUUGAAUUUUAUUUUAAUUUUAAUUGUUUUAUUCAGCAGUGAAAUAGCCAAUUAACACAAUGUACAUUUGCAUUUAACUGUGAAAUGCAAAAAUGUAUUAAGCUAAUUUUAUAUAAACUGGUUGAACAGAAACCGAGUUACAGCUGAUUUUAUCCGGAUAGAAACGCAUCUGUCCAUAGACUUUCAUUGGCUUACAAUUGAAUCUGUCCCCUAGCAAUAUGUCGGACGCGUUGACGUGUCGCGUGUUUUCCGGUAGCAACAGCGGCGUCUUCCGGUUUUUUUUUCCCCCAAACUCUCCAUAGCGACCGCUACGUUUACGUUAGCAACCAUGGCGGAGAGCAAAGAAACUGUUACCGAAUCAGAUUUAAAACAACAGGUGGAAGAGUUAAGACGCUCAAAUGCAGUUCUUCAGACAGAGAACGAGAUGUUUGAGAGCUUCCUCAGUCGGCUGGAUUCUCUCAGCCUGGCCUCACAGCUUGAGCCCCAGAUGGAGAAGGGAGCGGGGCAUGGAGAGAAAUCCGAAAGCAGCGGAACAUCUCAGGAGCCACCGGAUCUCCUGAAACUGGAACAGAAGUAUGACAUUGCAGUGUGUGAGCUGGAGGAGAUGAAGAAAGAGCUGGAGCAGUUCAGCACAAGUUUAUCAAGAAAUGUCAAGUAUUAUAAGGCUGCUGUACAGGACUCUGACAUGCGGCUGGCAGAAAUUAAGAGGGAGAGGCACGACUUUGAACAGUUUGUUGCUAAAACUCGACAGACAACACGGGUUCUGGCACAGAGGGCACCAAAGGUCAUCGAGUACAUCGAGCGUAAAAUAAAAGCAAAAAAAGCUCUGACAGAGAGGAUGCGUAAGAGAAAUACGGUUUUGAGGAUGCAAAACUGGAAGCAGCAGCGCAUGGUGCAUCAGAAGGAACAAAUGCAAGAGACGCUGAGCAGGAUCGACUUGGAGCACCUGAAGCAGAAGAACAUCCAGUGCCGGGAGUUUCUGCGAAAGUUCCAAGAGCAACUGCUGUGUCAAAGAGUGCUGGUUCGAAAGAGCCAGCAAGGCCUGAACGUUUACAAGGAGCGGCUCAAGAGGGAAAUGGAGGAGUCGGAGUCGCUGAGCAGAAAAAUUGCUUCACAUGAGGAAAAGCUGUCGAAGAUCAGAGAGCAACAGCAGAAGGUCGAGAAGGAGCGAGCUCAAGCUGAGGCUCUGAAUAAGAAGCUGAAAGCCCAGUUGGCUAAUUUCCGCGUCCCUGAGGUCAUGAAAUACGUUGAGGCCAAGGCCACAAAUGAUCGGCUCAGGCAGACCGUCAAGGCCUUGGAGCGUAAGGCGAGGAUUGCCAAGAUGGCAUCGAAGACUAAGAAAAACAGUCCCGAAGAAUCGUCCGGCUGCAGCAGGAGUGAUGACCCUUCAAUCCACUGACCAACUGAAACAUCUCUAUUUUUAAUCAUUGCUUCAUUGUUAUUGUUUUUGAAAUGGACUUACAGCAUGUACACCAACCCUCCAUAAACAUGGCUCAAAUAAUAUGCGUUAAAAAUCCAAACCACAAACAUUAUUAU